AUGGUGGACAGGCAGGGGCAUUCCCAGGCUGUGUGUGGGGGCUCCAGGGGCAUUGGCAGGGCUGUAUCAAUGCUGCUGGCAGAGAGAUGCUGCAGGGUUGUUGUGGUGUCCAGGAACCAGCAUGCUGCACAGGCCACUGUGGCGUCCCUCGAUGGAGCUGACCAUGUGGGCUUUUGUUGUGACGUCUCCAAAGGAGAGGAAGUGCAGAAGACGUUUAGGAUUAUCCUGAAGACUUGUGGAAACAUUUCAUACCUGGUCAAUGCAGCUGGCACCAACAGGGAUGGUCUGUUACUGUGGACCAGGCUAGAAGACAUGGUGGCUAUGCUUCAUACCAACCUACUGGGGAGCAGGUUGAGCUGCAAUGCAGCGCUACGGAGCAUGCUCCACACUCAGGGAGGGGCCAUUGUCAACAUAGGCUCUGUGGUGGAGUUGAAGGGGAACGCAGGUCAGUGUGUGUACAGUGCCAGUAAAGCAGGUCUGGAGGGCUUCACUCGCUCUCUGGCCAAGGAGGUGGCCUCGCGAAACAUCAGGGUUAACUUGCUGGCUCCAGGUUUCAUCGGGACAGACAUGACAGCGGGGCUGGGGGAGUAGGUAUGAACCAUCUGUUUUUAA